UUGUGAUAAUAAACAAUCCGUGCAACGGACGGCAAUUUGCCAGACCAACUAUGUAUCUUUGAGGCCAGACCCAGACAAGAUUCUAAAACGAUAGUCGUGGCUCGUGUUUCAGAGAGAUUCGAACAAGCUGGGAUAGCUCAACCCUCGUAGAAAUAUCAAGUAUCGUCUGCUCGCAAACAACAAUGGAGUCCGAUAUUGAAGAGAUAACCCCAUCAUCUCCCAGGGAUUUUGUGAACACCAUUCUGAUAGCUGGUACUCUUCUCUACCUGAUACUGCUGCUGACCAGUCGGACAUUACGCUUUUGGACCAAGUACUAUUUGUACAACUUGUGCUACCCUGCCAUUGGCUUUAUAUCCAUUCCAUUUAUUCUACUGAAACCUGGGGAUGCAGAUAAUGUCAAGUGGCCAGCCUUUUUCACACGCCUUACAGUCAAGCAUUUAUUUGGGAUCAAAGUAAGCGCUGAAGGACUGGAGCAUCUGGUCUCGGAUACGCCAUAUAUUAUAGUGUGUAACCAUCAGAGCACCAUAGAUCAUAUUGCAAUGAUGGAGUUCUGGCCAAAGCGAUGUACUAUCAUGAUGAAGAAUUCGGUGAAGUACGCAGGACCGAUGGGCAUAGCGGCCAUUCUCUGCGGCGUCAUCUUCGUCAAUCGUACCAACAGAGAUAAGGCUAAGGAAGUCUUGGAGAAAACUGUCAAGACUAUCAAAGACCAAAAUGCAAAAGUUUGGGUGUUUCCCGAGGGCACAAGAAAACUUUGCAAAACUGAACCAGUCUCGGAGAAACAUGGAUACUUGCUUCCGUUCAAGAAAGGCGCCUUUAACCUUGCAGUACACGCACAGGUCCCAGUUGUGCCGGUGGUAUUUUCCAGCCAAGAGUCUUUCUUCAGUGUAAGGCAUAAUCGCUUCACAUCCGGGGAAUAUACGAUGAACGUCCUCAAACCGAUACCCACAACUGAUAUGACAUUAGACGAUGUUCCUGAAUUCACUGAGAAGGUACGCAAUACGAUGAUUGACACAUUCAUCGAGAUGUCAGAUCUCAAACAGACAAAGUGUCCGAAAUAAAUUUUAUUUGUAAAACAGCCUAGCAGUGUCUUCUUGUGCAAGAGUUAUAAAUGUGCUUUGUGUUUAAUGACAAUUAGCAUUUUGUUCUUUGUUCUGAUAGCGGCUACCGCAAGUACAUUUAUUUUGUACAUUUUAUUUUCCAAUGUCUCCAAAAGAAUAAUUGGGGUACGUAUACCAUUAACCAAGUUCACACAUAAACAUUAAUUUUUACACCUUGACGACAACAAGUAUUUUCUCGCAAAAAAUUAUAAAACUUUUAAAGUGAAAAGCACACCAUUGUUUUGAACAAAUGACAAUUUAUGUUAAAAGUCACUGUAGAUUAGAAUUGUAACACACCAAACAUAUUUAUUUUAUACCAAGGCAAUUAAAAAAAGUUUUUUUUGUAUUUAAUUAAAUUGAAUACAAAUAACAAU